AUGGAUCUCGGAGGCUCUCUCAAUGCCGACUCCUCGACCCCUACGGAACCUAUCAUGACGGCCUCCCCUCCCUCGCCGAUGGAGUCCGAGAACGAGCAGACCCCUACAGGUUUGAUCCCCGAGCCAACGGGAUUGUCGCCAACAAAGCCUGUCCAUCCAAAGACCACAGGAAAACCCGAACCGGGAUCUGAAUUUCGGCCCGGUGGUUUAAUUGGACAUUCUACACGCUCCUCGAGUCGAGCACCCAGAAGAUUCAGUGGAAGCACAGCUGCCAGUACAACUGCAAGCUCUAUCAGCGAGAUGGAAUCCAGCUCUCUCAAGCCAUGGAGGAUUGGAGUAUGUGCUUUGGAUGUCAAGGCUCGCAGCAAGCCAAGCCAGAAUAUCCUGACCCGUUUACAAUCAAAGGGUGAUUUCGAGGUGAUUGUUUUUGGUGACAAAGUGAUUCUUGACGAGGCCGUGGAAAAUUGGCCAGUGUGUGAUUUCUUGGUGGCAUUUUUCUCCGACGGAUUCCCCUUAGAUAAGGCGAUUGCGUAUGCGAAGUUGCGGAAACCGCUCUGUGUCAAUGACCUACCUAUGCAAAAGGUGUUGUGGGAUCGGAGGUUGUGUCUGCAGAUCCUCGAUCAUAUGGGUGUUCCCACCCCGAAACGGUUGGAAGUCAACCGUGAUGGCGGUCCAGUUCUGGAAUCGCCCGAACUGGGCCAGCAUAUCUAUCGCCUUACGGGUGUGAAACUUCCAGGUCCGGAAGACGGGACUGGUGGUGGUGCUCCCAGAACUCAGAGUGUCUCUAUGUCCGAGGACGGCGAAUCAUUGAUUGUUGACGGCAAAGUCUUCAAGAAGCCUUUUGUCGAAAAGCCAGUCAAUGGUGAAGACCAUAACAUUCACAUCUACUUCCCCAACGACUCUCAGUAUGGCGGUGGUGGAAGACGGCUCUUCCGAAAGGUUGGCAACAAGAGCUCAGAAUACGAUCCCAAUUUGUCUGUGCCACGAUCGGUUACCGAGAACGAUACAAGUUAUCUGUACGAGCAAUUCCUCAGAGUCGACAAUGCCGAGGAUGUCAAGGCCUACACAGUCGGACCCGAUUUCUGUCAUGCAGAGACACGCAAGUCUCCCGUGGUGGAUGGACUUGUCCGGCGUAACACCCACGGAAAGGAAAUUCGUUACAUCACGAAACUUGGCAAGGAAGAAGCGGCAAUUGCUUCCAAGAUCUCUAAUGGAUUUGGCCAGAGGAUUUGCGGCUUUGACAUGCUCCGUGUGGGAGACAAGAGCUACGUCAUUGAUGUCAAUGGCUGGAGUUUUGUCAAGGACAACAAUGACUAUUACGACAAGUGUGCCAACAUUCUGCGAGAUAUUUUCCUGAACGAGAGACGUAAAUGUGAAGGACCAAUCGAUGCUUCUGAGCCCCCAUCUCCGGACAUCGGACCAUCCAGGAGGAGCACUGCUGGGUCUCAUCGCCAGGCCUUGAAAACAUUGCUGAAGUCUCCUAGCCAUUCCAGACUUUACGGCGUCCAAGGAUCCCACAAAGCAAACGAUAACCUUCCCUCGGAGGUAUCUACUGCCACUCCGUCGGUGGCCUCUUCAUCUGGAGUGGAGAGCGCUGAUAUUGGCGCUGCUCUUAGCAAGCUGAACUCCCGCGAGGGGCACUCUGCUUCUCGUGCCUACAGUCCCUCUAAUGCGAAGUCACCAGCUCUCUCGGUGCAACAUGCCAACGACGAAGCUCUUCCCCCUCUUCCGGCUUCCAAGCACUCUUGGAAAUUGAAGGGAAUGGUCGCAGUGAUUCGUCAUGCAGACCGAACUCCCAAGCAAAAGUUCAAAUUCACCUUCCACAGUCAACCCUUUGUGAACCUUCUCAAGGGCCACCAGGAAGAGAUAGUGAUCAAGGGUGAGGCUGCGUUGUCCAGUGUAUCUGAUGCAGUCAAAGAAGCCAUGGAGAAGGGCCUGGAAGAUAUGGAGAAGCUGAAGUUGCUCCGCACCUCUCUGGAAAAGAAGGGCGGUUGGCCCGGAACCAAGGUUCAGAUCAAGCCCAUGUUCAGAAAGCGGACUGCAGAGGAGAUGGGUGAUACUACACCUGUUGUUUCCACUCCUGGAGCUGUUAUAGGCGAAGAGCCUCUUACACCUGUGCCGGAGGAUCCCGAGCAUGCGGAAACUGAGGAGCUGCGCCAGGCACGAAGUGAUUCCAUCUCUGGUGCAACAUUCUCCCGCUUCUCUGCUGCUGAGAAUGACUUGAUCUUGGAUAAGCUACAGCUUGUGAUUAAAUGGGGAGGAGAGCCUACUCAUGCUGCCCGUUAUCAAUCGCAGGAUCUUGGAUUGAACAUGCGCGAUGAUCUGAAGUUGAUGAACAGGGAGGCACUCAACAACGUUCGUCUGUUUACCAGCUCGGAACGCAGAGUGAGCACUAGUGCACAAAUUUGGGCCUGUUCAUUCUUAGACCAGAAGGACAUCCCCGAAGACUUGAUUCAGGUCCGCAAGGACUUACUUGACGACUCCAAUGCUGCCAAGGAUGUCAUGGAUAAAGUCAAGAAGAAGCUUAAAUUGCUCCUGAGAGAAGGAUCGGCGCCUUCGCAAUUCGCUUGGCCCAAGGAUAGCAACAUCCCAGAGCCUUCGGUUGUGCUCGCCACGGUCGUCGAACUGAUGAAGUUCCACCGUAGCGUGAUGCGACACAACUUUGAGAAGAUUGCCAGUUCAUCGCACCUCACACCUGCUACAUCCAAUGAUAUCGAUGCUGCCCAGGCUGAUGGUACUCCAUCUGAACACCCCAGUAUCGAGAACAUUCAGGGUCGUUGGUGCGCGGGUGAAGAUCCCCGGCUCUUCAAGGAGCGAUGGGAGAAGCUCUUCGCAGAAUUCUGCGACACUGAGAAGGUUGAUCCUAGCAAGCUUUCUGAGUUGUACGACAGCAUGAAAUUCGAUGCCCUCCACAAUAGGCAAUUCCUCGAAUGGGUCUUCAUGCCUCCAGAUAUUGCCGUUGAUGAGGAUGACAAUGCCAGCUUGAAGGGCAAGAGCCCAAAGUCAGAAGUUGGGGAAUCUAAGCAAGCGCAGGAGUCUGGAAGCGAAAAACCCGAAGAAACUCAGACAUUUGCUCAUCGCUUCGGGUUGAAGAAGCGUAGCGUGCUCGAGUCACUCCCCCACCUCCGGGCGCUGGAUGAUUCAUAUGAUCACUACUUCAAGCUUUUCCCUGGUGCCAAGUCUUCCAAGUGCAAGAUGGAUGAACGACUCUCUAAGCUCCGGGAGCUGUACAAGCUGGCCAAGGUCCUGUUUGACUAUGUGACACCCCAGGAAUACGGUAUUACCGAUAGUGAGAAGCUGGAGAUUGGUCUCCUAACAUCCCUCCCUCUUCUGCAAGAGAUUGUCCGAGACCUGGAAGAAGUGCAAGCAUCACAGGAUGCCAAAUCUUUCUUCUACUUCACUAAGGAAUCUCACAUCUAUACCCUCUUGAACUGCAUCCUGGAAGGGGGAAUCCAAACCAAGAUUGCCAGGAGCGCCAUACCCGAGCUAGACUAUCUCUCUCAGAUCUGCUUCGAACUAUAUGAGGCUCGGGAUAGCGAGUCAGACUCCUACUCCUACUCCAUCCGCAUCUCCGUCAGUCCCGGCUGUCACGCCUUUGAUCCUCUUGACGUGCAACUCGACUCGAGGCACGCCAUCGGCUGUGCCCCGCGACGAAGCUUGACAGCUCACCAGGACUGGAAGGAGGUGAUUGAAACAUUGAAGGCCAAAUUUAAUACGGUGGAACUUCCUAAAACCUUCAUCGCAGUUAACCUGAGCGACAAGCAUACCGCUCAUCCUGAUGAAGACGCCCCGCACGAGGCCUCUGGUCAAUAA